AUGUGUCUACAAACACUUUAUUACUAUUUAGCUUCAUCUAUCGGUCAAUACAUUUAUAACUACUAUUUGACUACUUACAACCCAUCAGCUGUUGGCUCAUUUCAAACGUUAGAAUCAGUGAGUGGAAUGACAACGUCACUGUCGUAUAAUAAGGAAUUUAAUCAAUGUAAACAUCGAUCCAGUUCGGCACCAGCUCAACAAUGGGCCCAACAACAAUCUUCAAAUUUAUUCUUCUAUCAAACUGUAGCCGCAAGUGCUCCAACAAUUGCGAUGACUUACAUCUUAGGAUUGUAUACACAUCAAUUGGGAAGGAAAUUUGUACUCAUUCUUACAAUGUUCGGGAAUGUCCUUCAAUACGUAAUUUGGUUGUUUACGAUACACUAUCGAUUGCCUGAUUAUUGGUGGUAUAUCGCUGCAUUUGUAUCUAGUUUAGUCGGCGGUGGUAACGUGUCUGGUUUUAUUCUGAACUUGAUCAUUACAGAUAGCACGGAAGAAUCCGAAAGAACAUCGAAAUUUCUUUACAUUGGUGUUGUAUGUACAGCCGUUGGUGCUUUUAUUUCACUCGUGAUCGGAUUCUGGAUUGAAUAUCGUGGUUUUAUCGAUCUCUACUGGACAGCAUUAUUUCUUCAGUUACUAACAAUAUUCAUUGUUUAUCGUUAUAUGAAAUCGGACUCGUUUGUACCUGUUCUGUCGAAUAAUUCCUCUCAUUAUAAGAAGAAGAUCGACAGUAAAUGUAGUCAGUUAAUAGAGAUAUGUACAGUAUUCACUCCACGUCAUACAUAUCGGUCAAGAAAACGAUCGCUUAGUUUGAUCAUUACGCUGAUAGCGUUUAUUUUUCAUAUUCUUGCAUCUUUAGCAUUCAGUGUGCCAUUCCUGUGGUUUCAACUCAACUAUCCAUUCUGUUGGUCAGCGAAAGAAAUCGGAUAUUACAAUACGGUAUCAUCAAUUAUUUGGUGCAUCGGUAGUGUUGUUGGUUUGAAGUUUUUAACUUAUACACGUUAUAGCGAUGCUGUUAUUUGUUGCAUAUCCCAUAUAUUUUUCGUUAUGUCAGCAUUAUGGACGUCUCAAGCGUACUAUAAUUGGCAAUUAUAUGCGGGGUUACUAAUAUCACCAUUUACAUCCUAUCAAGGAUCGUUGACAUACUCGAUCAUAUCAAAAUGGUUAGAACCCAGCGAAAUCAAUAGUGCUUAUACAUUCAUAACGGAGAUUAGUACAAUUUUAAAUGUGUUUGGUAAUUCGUUUUUUAAUUAUUUAUAUUCUGUUACAGUUAGUCGUUCGAGAAAUUUUCUAAUUCUUGUCGCAGCCGGUCUUGGAUUGAUUCCGUUAGUUUUGAACUGUUUCUUAUAUUUUGUAACAAAAAAUCUGCCUGACAAUAGUGAUAAUCGCAUCACUGAGUGUAAACCAAUUCUGAUACCUGAUCAUAUGCCAAUCCGAGUGCCUGUAGGAACAGAUACGAUUCUUUUGCCAGCCUCGACAGGGAGGAAAUUCGAUCUACAUCAGAUGAGUUGA